AUGAAAAAAUUAGAAACCUUUUGUUUAGAGGAUAAUUCAGAUGAUGAUUCAUUAGAUCAAACUCAUCAUAUUUCAAUACAAACUGAAAUUAAAUACAAAUAAGUAAGAGAUAUAGCUACCAAAAUUAUUCUAUGUUAUGCUAUAGACUUUGAUUUGCCAAUUAUUUCAUUUCUAUAAUAUUUAUAGUUUGUAAGAGUUUUGAAUUCUGAAGAUACUAUUUCAAUUGAAGCUACAAAACCACUUAUUAAAUAACUAUUAAAUAUUAAAGAAUUAGAUAUGAUAAUUAGAGAUACUCAUCUAAAUGAUAUCUUAAAUUAAACUUAUUCACUUAAUUAACUUAAUUCCAUUACUUAAAAUUUUGAAAACAAAUACAAACAUUAUCUUUAAAAAUCAUAACCAUCUAAUAUAUGUUAAAUGACUAAGAUUAUAUACAAUUAAAGAGAAAAAGUUAAAGAAAAACUUGAAAAAAUAUUUUAAGAUUAAAAUUUACAGGAAUUUAUAUAAAAAGGAUAAGAAUAAUUAAAAAAAGUUCCACUUGAAACAUGGAAAAAUAAUAAGAAGGAUUAUGAAGAAUAACAACUUCCUAUUGCAUAAACAUUCUUAAAUUUAAAUAGAAUUAAGAAAUAUCUAGAUGAAAAGAAAGAACAAGAAACUUAUGCAACAGGUAAAAUGAACCGUAAAAAAAAUUAAAUGAUACGUAUUGUAAGAAAAAUUAUUAAAAAAAGAAGACCAAAAACAUAAAAUGAAAAAUUCUGUACUUAAGUACAUUCUAGAAGAUUUAUUAAAAGGAUAUUUUAAUUAUUAUUAUCUAGAUAAGAAUCUUAUCCUGAAAUUUUCUAUUGUUUGACUGUUAAAUUUGAAAAGAAAACUGCUGAUAAAAUAUAAUUUACCUUAAAUAACAGAUUUAAGACAUAUAUAGAAAAUGAUACUUACAUUCACAAUUUAUUAAAUGAAGAAUUAAUUAAGAAAGGAUAUAAUCCUGUUAAAUUGAAUACAGAAUAAGUUAAUUUGGAAGAUUUCUAUCAAUGUUUCAAUUUAGAUCUCCAACCUUAAGAAGUAUCUGAAGCAAAAAUUGUUUAUGAAAUGAUUGUCUAAGUUUAUGAAUAAAAGGAAUUACAUCGACUUAGAUUAUAUCCAAUUUUUAAUUGUACCAAGUUCACUUUCUUAGAAUAAUAAAUGGCAUAAAUAGACACUAUUAAUAAAUACCAAACCCCUUAAUUCCUUAAAUUUAAAUCUAUUGUUGAGGAUAUUAAAUAUUAUUUAGACACAAAUAAAUUAUAAAUUGAGAAAGAAGCCCAAGCCUUAAAAGAAAAUUAAGUAUAAUAAACGACUGAAAAAUAAUAGAAUACAAAAGAAAAGUUGGAAACAAAAGUUGAAAGUUGA